AUGCUCGAUUUCCCUUCCGAAUCAGAAGACCAAACUUCCAACUACGAUGAACAAUUCUCUCGUGUGUGUUAUUACAUUAGCGGAGCCGGAGGAGGAGGAACGGAUCCUACAUUGGCCACUCCGGUCAGAGGUCUUCCUCUCUCCAAUGACGACUAUUCCUCCAAACCCUCCUUUCGACUCAAAGAAAGUGAAGAAUACGACCAAGUCAUUCGCCUCACUCGUCAAUGUACCUUUCUAGCCAUCGGGAGUUGGCUUCUAUGCUGUGGCUGUUUCUAUUCCUGUUUUUGUUUUUUACCUCUCUUGAGAAAGAAUUUCAUCUUUCAUAACCAUGAAUGUUCCUUCUUGGAAGAUGCACGAUGGAAAUACGUGAGAAGCUUCCGAGGGAAUCGAUACAAAGACUCGCCGUAUCGGAGAGUGAGAAAAAUUGCAGAACGAGCAGUGGAGUUUGGAUUUGUGGGAUGCUGUGCUGUGAAUGUGUUGAUUUUGUUUUGGGUUUUUGCGUUGGGAAUUGCUGCGUUGGUGGUUACUUUGGUCAUGUUGUUCGGACAUUUGAGAUGA